UUGAUAUUUUGUACCUAUUUUGUUUGAACUUUGAAUUUCGGAGUUUAAUAAAAUAACUUACUCGUCGAUACAAUAAUGAAUAACGCUUUUACAUCAAAAAUGCCAGAAUCCAAAAAAGUUGGAGUUUGGGCGGAAGGCUCACGUAUUGAAGCCAAGGAAUACGUUAUUCCUAAAAAAUCUGCUGAAUCAAUAGACGAUAUACCGACUAUACCGGAUUUAGAUGAUUUACAAGACAUUCUAGAAAAAGAAGUAACCAAAGCUCCAGUGGCAAAAGUGCAGGAUUCUGAAACAGCAACUACUCUAGCCGAGGUAGGUGGUAUACGAGGUACCAUAGACGGUGUAGAGGCAGCACUAGAAGUCCUUAUGUCAUUUGUACCUGAGGUAGAAGAGGAUGAUGCAGACACCGUAUGGACUAUUGACUCACUGUUAACUCAACUGUCAGAGAAGAACAAUUGAUAUCAAUAUUGUAUAGAAUUGGUAAUACUAAUGAUCUUUAGGAACCAACCCAACCAAGGCCAAUGGCCCAACCAUUGAAAUAUGGUUUAAAAAAAUUAUUUAGUGCCCACCCAGCAGAUUUUGUAGUAUUAAUUCUCAUAUCUAAUAUAAAAAUAAGUCAGGUUUUCCUUCCUGACACUAUAGUUCCAGAAUGUACGAACCGAUUUCCAUGGUUUUGAAUUCGUUGGAAAGGUGAAAAAAACUUCCAAGAGA